UGGCGUUGUGAAGGGCUCUGGCGCUCAGCUUUUGUUUUUUUCAUUUCCCCCUUCUCCCCUUCCCCCCCCCCCCCCCCUUGAAUAGUUUGAAGCAUUUCGUUUUCAUAGCUGCCAUCAUGAGCGACACUGAAGAACAAACUUAUAUCGAAAGGGAUUCACGUUCCCCUUCUAAAUCACCAAGUGAAAGUCUACAUGGAUCUGGCAAGUCUGCCAGCCAGUCUCCAGAAAAUUCUGCUGAGCGCUCCCGUUCCAGAGAUGGAUCGAGACACUCCAGGUCCAAGUCACGAUCUCGCUCGAGAUCCAAAUCCAGGUCUGUAUCCCGGAGGAGUUCUCGCAGGCGUUACUCAAGGUCUCGAUCCCGUUCUCGUUCUCGCCGUAGGAGAUCCAGGAGCAGAUCCUAUAGUCCUGAUUAUAGGCGCCGUCGCAGCCAUAGUCGAUCUCCUAUGUCAAAUCGGAGGCGUCAUAUUGGCAAUCGGGCUAACCCUGACCCCAACACUUGUCUGGGAGUUUUUGGACUAAGUCUGUAUACCACUGAGCGAGACCUGCGAGAGGUCUUUUCGAGGUAUGGCCCACUUGCAGGGGUUAAUGUCGUGUAUGAUCAGCAGUCCAAUCGCUCCAGAGGCUUUUCUUUUGUCUACUUCGAGAAUGUCGACGAUGCUAAAGAGGCUAAAGAACGUGCCAAUGGAAUGGAAUUGGAUGGGCGUAGGAUUCGUGUUGAUUUCUCUAUUACUAAAAGAGCCCACACACCUACCCCUGGAAUCUACAUGGGAAGACCAACCUAUAGUUCACGCCGCAGAGACAGUUAUGACCGAUAUGACAGAUAUGAUGACCGAGAGUAUUACAGCAGGUCCUACAGAAGACGUUCUCCCUCUCCCUAUUAUAGCAGGGGUGGCUAUCGUUCUCGCUCAAGGUCACGUUCUUACUCUCCACGUCGCUACUGAAGAUCUGACGGAUUCAAAUGGCAACCUUCAGGCCAGCUGACCUACUUGCUGAAGAUUUCUUUUAUAUAAAACAAAUUUUUUUAGUCAUGUUUGUGUAAAGUUUUUUUUUCUUUCAAGAAGUGUUUAGUAAGAAGCUUAAAAUGUUCCAGUUGUAUUGGGUUGUUAAUAAAACAACCAUUGUUACAUCCUUGGGUUAGGCCAACAUAAACUUUGUUUUUCCAAUCUUGAGCAGCUUUGAGUGUAGAUAGGAACAUAAUGCAAUGGUGAAUGACCGUUUAGCUGCUAUUGUCUCAUUUAAUAAGAUGUAUGUUCUUUGAAGUUUGGUGAUGGGAACUAAUAUUGGACUUGUGGAGGACUUAUACACGUGCAGAUUCCAGAUCUGCACUCGUAGCAACAUUGGUUUCUUAUGUUCUCAUUCAGUCCCAUGAACUCAGUGAAGGGCUUUUUUCACAGUGUGGAGUAAAUUAAAAUCCUAAAUUUUAAACUUGCAAAAUGGUACAUUGAAGAAUUAGAUAUUGGUAAUUAAACAAAUUAAAUGGAAACUAUUUGUAGAAAAUAGUGUUGGUUUUCUGACUGGAAGAAUUUUUUAAAAAUUCCACAUUGAAAAGACGUAUUCCAACAUCAAUCUCAAAAACACUGGGGAAAGGCAGCACUUAAGCCUGGCCUUAACUCUCAACUAAUUGUGAUUAGCUGAAUUUGGUUAACUACUGAUCUUUUUAUUAGUUCCAUUAGAUUAAGUUAUUUGAUCUUUCAUGGGACUAUUUUUGUAUCCCAUCAGUAAUAUUCAUUCGUGUCCAUAAAUCUUCUGGAUUCAUGUUGUGAAGAGACUGUUCUGUUAAGAUUUUUGUAUCAGUGCAAAAACUAUGGCACUGAAUACAAGUGUGUGAAAUGCUUUUAAAUAUCUGAUGCAAAAUGAACAUUAAACUUCAGCAAAAACA